ACACCGACGUCAUCAAAGCGCGACUGUGUUGCUCUUGUCCUUCACGUCGCCUCUCCGUUUCAAUCGUUACAAAAGUGUAGUAUGGAUAAUAUAUGAAGCUAAUUUUCUUUGUCUUAAUGGAGUGACGGAGGAUAGAGGAGAGAAAAAAGUCGGAAAAAAGGAUUUAUUUCGCUUAUUUUCAGCUUUUUAAUCUGUGUUCAGGGAUGGCAGCUCCAAACUCUGCAGAGAGGAAAGCCUGCAGGGAUGCAAGGGAUCAGCUCUGGCAAUGUUUGGAUAAAAACAAUGACAGGCUUGAAUCCUGUCAGAAGUUCCAGGCUGACUUUGAGGCCAGAUGUCCAGCUCAGUGGGUGAAGUAUUUCACUAAGAGGAGAGACUUCCUAAAAUACAAAGAGAAGAUGCAGACCGAGGGAUUCACACCAGCUGGAGGCCCACGCGAAAACUCCUAACUGGAAAACUAUAGAUGGACUUUUACCCAAACCGUGCAGGACCCUGUGUGCAGUUAGCUUUAUUUAUUUGUUAAAAAUAAAUACUUGGAAAAAAUAUUUUGACUUAUUUUCUAAGACAUACUAAAUAUCUUGUAAUGUUUUCUGUCCAAAAUGGUCUUAAGGUUAAAUUAUUAUCAACGGAAACCAUCAGUCUGUUUAACUAGUUUUCAGUAUCGGAUCAAGUGUUUUGUUUUUGAAUAAAUCAAAUCAGCCCAGAGAUUAAUUUUUUUUUUUUUUAUGGCUUUUAUUGUCGUACAUGAAUGUAUAUUUUUUUGGAUGGGUAGGGGUGACCUUUCAGGAAUAAGCAGCUGAUUUAAAAAUGUUACAGGUCAUAUAAAACAACCAAAAACACAUUGAGUUUAUAUUACAAAUCGGUGUGUAUUUACAAAGGAUCGUGGCCCCUCCAGGGUCAAAGGUCAUUGCAGGGUUCCUAUACUGCCUGGAAUGAAUUGUGGAUCAAGUAAAACUGUUGAUUAAUUUUUAAUGCAGUCGUUACUUUUAUCUGAAUUUCUGAAAUAAAGCUGAACAGUUAGGAUUGAGAAUUGAAGAAUUGGAAACCAGGAAAAAAAUGUGUCCUGUAAAAACACGAAGGAACCCUGCAGAGAUCUAUAAACCACAAAGAAAACUGUAGGCAUCACAUCCAGACUUCACUAAGGCUUCUACUUUUAAUGCAGUAGUACAAAACAACAAAUUACAUGUAAAUUAUUGUAUUUUCUGUAAAAAAUAUAAAGCAUAUCUUCUGCAUUUAUGCUCAGUACAAUGAGGGUUUUGCACAAACCUUGACCUAGAGAGUUAUUGUGAUUUGAUGGCUGAUUAAAACAAAACUAUUGCACAAUACA